UCACUCGAUACUAAUAAGUGGCUUAUAGAGUAUGGAGAAGAUAGUUGCACGGCUGUCCGCCGGCACUUGUACUCCAAGAACUACACCACCGCUCAGAUCAUAUCUAAAUACAUAUUCACAUACGGAAAGUUUGAGAUAAAGGCUUUAUUACCCCGUGGCUGCCCACUCAUGUCGCACAUACUUCUUAUGGGUAACAAUGUUUAUAACUAUAGUAGUCUUAAUGAUGGCAUUUUCUGCGAUGAUCUGGAUGCAAAUUGGCUCGACCCGGUAUUCAAAGUAGAAUACGUCAGGCAAGCGUUAUAUUACUGCAUACUGUACUCGUGUUUGUAUUCAUCAAAUGUCAUGGACACUUUCACAGACACAGACACAGUGAAGUCAAGGAAAUGGAUGUCU